AUAUCAGAGAUGUGAGAGGGGAAGACAGCACAAAGAGAAAUAGGAAGAGAAAAGACAGGGAAGGAGGAGGUCUGCGCAAACUCCGCCUCCGGUCUCGGAUCCUCUCGCAUUCCUAUUCACAGCCUCUCACGUAGAGGAUAGAGAGAGAAAGGGGAGAAACGAGAAGAAGGGCACACGAAGAAGAAGAAGAAGGGGAGCAGCAAAACGACCAUGGCAAUAUCCAAAACGUCUCAGCUUGAGAUAGUGUCCGAUCACAGCGCGCCUCUACCACCGUCGACCACUGCACGGAGCAUGCAGUUGCACAAUAGACAGAGUCCAGAUGAAUGAGGAGCUAUACCUGGGCCGUGGACAAAAUGAGGGUCAUCUUCAUCCAAAACGCCGGUUUCGUCGCAGCUUUCUCGCCUUUUAGAUGUGAGUCGGUGAUGUUGGCAGCGUUUAGGACGACAGAUAAUGUGAACGAGCCAGAAUUAAUAGCUAGAUCAUGCCAGUCAGUUGAGGAGUGAGGAGAGCAGACCCAUUUAUUUAGUGAUUUUUCUUAAUUUUCUUAUUUGGGAUAGAGCUUAUAGCCAAAAUAUCAUCUUUAAAUCGAAAGUGCAUUCAGCCUUCGGCAUGCUGACUGCUGUCGAAAUCUGAAUACAUAUUUGAUUAUAAAUUGGCACUAGAAUUAGCCUAAUUAUUAUCCGGGGAUAUAGGACUAUGUAUCCGGUAAUUAUAGACCGAUAAUGUCCUUUUAGACUUUUUGUGCUUAAUCCUUUAGUAGAUAGAUUAUAUAGCGAUAAUAACAUGAAUAGAUAGGAGGAGAAGUCUCUGUUCACUUUGAUCAAAGCCAAUUGAUCAACCAAGACAAUCUGGAAAUGUUAGUUUCCACAUUUAAUAAUAUGACUAGUAGCCUAUGCGUUAUUCCUUGUAAUUUAUUUAUUUAUUAUUACUAUUAUUAGACCUAUAAGUAUUAUAUUAUCAAUUUGUUUUAGGUGGUUAGUUUGAAAUAUUUAACAGUGGGAAGGUUGUUUGAACACUUCCCUAGUGAGAUGGAAACCGCUUAUUUAUCGCCCCACCGGGGGGCAACCCGUCCCGAGGCCCAGAAAGGCCAAACCUCUGCGGGCAAACCGGCGGGAGGUGACCUCUCCCCUCCGCCUCCACCCCUACCUGUCGGAAACUCACCCGAAGAGGCCCCGGCAAGCAGUGAUGGACGGAGAAACUCGGGCGUGAAGAAACACCACCACAAGCAUAACCUGAAACACCGCUACGAGCUGCUGGAGACGCUGGGAAGAGGCACCUAUGGCAAAGUCAAGAAGGCCAUUGAGCGGCACUCCGGCAGAGAGGUGGCUAUCAAGUCAAUUCGGAAGGAGAAGAUCAAGGAUGAGCAGGACAUGGUUCACAUCCGCCGAGAGAUUGAGAUCAUGUCAUCCCUCCGCCACCCACACAUCAUUUCUAUAUAUGAAGUGUUUGAGAACAAGGAUAAGAUCGUGAUUGUGAUGGAGUACGCCAGCAAGGGCGAGCUGUAUGACUAUAUCAGCGAGCGACGGCGCCUGAGCGAGCGGGAGACGCGACACUUCUUCAGACAGAUAGUCUCCGCCGUGCACCACUGCCACAAGAAUGGAGUGGUGCACAGGGAUCUGAAACUGGAAAAUGUGCUACUGGAUGAAAACUGUAAUAUUAAGAUUGCUGACUUCGGGCUGUCCAACCUCUACCAUAAGGACAAGCUGCUGCAAACCUUCUGUGGCAGCCCGCUCUACGCUUCACCAGAGAUCGUCAAUGGGAGACCGUACCGUGGCCCAGAGGUGGACAGCUGGGCUCUCGGGGUGCUGCUUUAUACCCUGGUCUACGGGACCAUGCCAUUUGAUGGGGGAGACCACAAGAACCUCAUUCGCCAGAUAAGCAACGGCGAGUACAAAGAGCCCACUCAGUCCUCAGAUGCCCGCGGACUGAUCCGCUGGAUGCUGAUGGUGAACCCUGAACGCCGGGCCACAGUGGAGGACAUAGCCAACCACUGGUGGGUAAACUGGGGCUGGAAGAACAGUGUGUGUGACUGUGAGACCCAACGCGACCACGGAGGCUCGCCCAUGCUGGCCCGCUUCAUCGACUGGCAGAACCGCACUGAGCCACGUGGUUCUGGAGCCAAAGCUGCAGCCAUGCCCCAACUGCUGCGCCAGAGGCCCAAAAAGUCCAAGAAGGAAAAUGUUGAGGCAGGACAGACCCACUGUGGAGCAGAGGACAAACCAGGUCUGAAGAGACCCAAGGGGAUCCUGAAGACCAGGGUUACUGAGGAGCAGCAGUCUGCCAGUCUGGAAGAAGUGGAGUUGGGCCAUGCAGCGCUAUCUCAACAAGCAGAAGGGGGAGAGGAAGCCUCGAGUCCAGAUCGAGAGGAAGAGGAGCCGACUCUGGGUGGAGGAUCGCCAGCUAAAAUGGUGCCCUCUUUGCCCAAGAAAGGCAUCUUGAAGAACAACCAACAGCGGGAAUCAGGGUACUACUCCUCGCCAGAGCGCAGUGAGUCCUCCGAGCUUUUAGGGGGUGUCAGUAUGUCUCUGCUAGCCACCUCCCCGCCUAAGAGAGCGAUGGGGAGAAAGGGCAUCUUGAAGCGAAACGGCAAGUACUCCACCUACAGUGGGCCUCCCUCAGCUGCAGCGGUAGCUGGAGUCCUUGGUGAGCCUCCUCCCUCAACUGACUCUGGUCUGUCCCGCAGUCAGAGUCGGCCCUCCAGCAUAGUCGGGGAGGACAGCUCCGUCCUGUCCCUGUCGCCCAGCUCCCUCGGUGGGGCUGAGUGGCAUCCUUCCACCACCCACCUCCGCCCAAACAUCAGGGCCUGCGUCUCGGCUGAAAACCUGCUGCAGCUCGCCAACUUCAAGGGCUUCCAGGCAGCCCCUCCGCUCCAGGGACCCAAGUUCAGCCGCGGCCCCAAAACGAAAGGCUCCCCGGGGGACAAUGGCAGCUUCUCCUUGCUGGGGGACCUGGAGGACAUGACUCAGGUGUACCAGCAAGCCCUGGACAUCAGCAGCAACCUCACCUAACAGAUGGGUGGCAGAGAGAGAGAAAGCAGAGGGAAUUGAACUUGACUGUGUGUGUGUGCGUGUGUGUGUGUGUGUGUGUGUGUACAGAUGUAUGUGUGUGUACAGAUGUAAAUGGGUGGCAUUAACGACCAGUGUGUUACUGGGAUACACCUUUUGGGAAGUUGUGGUUUUCCAAAUGGGGAUGAAAUCUUGAUGGAAAUGAUAUGUCUUCGCACUCACAUACACACACAGAUGUACACACUUAGGUGCACUUCUCUGGCCAGAGGAAAUUUAGUUAGGGUUUUGUGAACAAGAGAGAGAAGGAGCUGGCACGAGAGAAUGCCACCCAGUCUGCUUUCUUGGCCCGCCCAUAGACUUUGCUGUGUUCAACAUGUUUACAUAUUCAGCAAGAAGGCAAGUCAGAAUCACAAACGCAGCAACCAGAAACUGGUUGGCUCUCCUUGUACACCACCCAUUUUGAGUUUGAGUUUACAAAAGCACCUUAAAACUCACACAGAGCACAUGUUUUUGUGAUCUUUACUUCCUUUAAAAAAAAUUUAACAAACCAGGGUCUUGUUCCAAAAAUAACUGACAUUGCUGAUUAUUUAUUAAUAUUUUCAUAGAUUUUAGUUUUAAGUGCAAAACUGGUGGGCGCUGGCUGUUACUGGAAGAGUCCAAAGCUCCUUAUCUCUAACUCUUUGUGUGGAACUGACAUAUAUAAUUAUGUUUCUCAGUGAUGAGAAACAUAUAUAUACUCAGCAUAUAUAACUAUGUCUGCGCUUGUAAAACACGCAGGCAAAUAUACCUUCAUAAAAGCCUGUCCUAUAUAUGUGUAUGAUACUAGGGAAUAUGUAGGAAGUGCCUUUUUUGAUUCAUAAUAAAAAAUUAUGUAUGUCAUUUCCUUAAAGUGGAGGGAAAAGCCAGGCCAACCUGUCACCAGUUGUGCUUUUUAUUAUGUUGUUUGUGAAUGUGGAGAGACCCAGGGCCUUCUGCGCACAGCUGACUAGCUUUACUUAUUUUGGGGUUCAAAGGUCAAUCUCAGACAGUUGAGAUCAAACAGUUUUGUCUCUUCCCCCCAUUCCUUCACAAAUAGAAUCACACACAGAUAUGCCGGGAUCUACAGGCCGCCUUGAAAAGACCUCCUCUGUGUUUUUUGUCAGUGUUUAAGCCUAUAGUUUGGUUUGCCAGCAUUUUUAGGUGGCUUGGUUGAGCAAAGAUUCGCUGGCAGCACCAGAGGUCUGGAGGGGCUCACCUAGUGGGACACUAGUGAAGGGAGAUGGUGCAGACACCAUCUCACAGUCCUGGAAUGUGUCUUGCUCUCUUAACCUCAGUUAUUUCACAUUUUUGAGGCUACUUGAUAAAAUGGGCUGUUUAACUGAGAGAUUCUGUUGUUGUUGUUUGUUUGGGCUUGUUUUUUUGUUUGUUUUUUUACCAAAGAAUACAUAAGGUGGUUUCCAUUGUCAGACUAGUUAAUAUUUUACCCAAAGCUCUUCAAAAGAGCUAUGUAAGGUGGUUUGUUUUAGCCUUCUGAUGACGCAGCAGAGAUCUCUAUCAGCCCCAGCCGACUUAGCACAGGUGGGCUCUGCGGUCCGUGCUCAGCCCUCCAGCUGUGUAUACUAGUCCAUUAUGUCAACCAAGCACAAUUAGCCAGCUAUUGUUUUCAUUUGACAGUAAGAGAGAGGCAGCGCUUAAAGAUUUAAAGCUAGAGGGAGAAGACUAGAGUGUGAAAGUGUGAUGUAUGGAAAGGUGCUGAGAUUAGAGAGGACUUUCCUGUAAAACACAGGAAAGGUCAAGAAGUUAGAUUUUUUUUUUUGAAGGAAUUGCAAUGUAGAAUAGAGAAAGUAAAGAAAGUGAGUAGAAAGAGUAGAUGGAAAGUUUUUGUUUAAUACCAAAGAUGUGAUGAAGCUUUGACAUGAUUCAGGGGAAUGGAGGGGUCAGGGACUAUUGAGAGUCCUUUGGAUUUUUCUUUGACUUGGGAAUCCCCAUUGGUGAAUGAAAUCAUCCCCACAUUGGCUUUACCUCACAUUUGUUUUCUUUUUCUUUUUGAGUUUUUAUUUGAGAUGCUGGAGGCUGUUGAUACAGCUUGUCUUGAGGGUCAGUCAGUGUGUGACUUGUGUGUUCUCCAUGGCCUUAGGAAGUCUGUUACACUUUUCAACAGCAGCAAAAAGUGGGAGAACGGUGACUGACAUCAUCCAAAAUAUCAAAUGAUGUGGAUGGAAAACCAUGCAGUAGAUGACCCCAAGGAAAUAGAUCACAGUGUGAAGGAAAGGUCCUGGGUAUUAAUUCAAAUAAAAGAUCCAUUGCGAAUUAUAUUGCAUUUUAUUGCCUUUUGUAUUGCAUUUUAUUGUCAACUGGAUUUACAGUGAGAAAAUUAUACUAUGUUAGUAUUUUGUUUUAUUAUGCUUCUGUUUUUGAUUUUCCAAAAUAUAAGAAACUUUAUAUUGCUUUAUGUUAUGGCAGAAAAUACUUCCUUCCUCGAAGUUCUCAAGAAAGAGACAAAUCGGUCUGAAAUUGGUGUAGUCUCAGUUUGAGAAAAGCCCAUUAACAACCUCCAAAUGGCAAAAAACUCAUAAAUUUAUUGAAAUAGGGCAAAAUGCAAGAAUGUGUACUAAUCUAUCAAGAGCUGACCCUAAGAAAAUUGCAUUUCCACCUCUACCAAAGCAGGGGGGGGCUAGAACAACAUCAGGAGAAAAAGGAAAUAAAGCAAUGGAAAGAAUCUGAUGAUGAAACUUUAACUCUGCCAAACUGGAAAUAAGUGAUGCAUAUCUGUUAGUUAGCAGAAAGUCUAAUCAUAGGAAAACUUGACUGGAUAUUGUUAUGACAAUAAUAAUAAAUUAGUAUUAUUGUGUUAUUUAAGUAUUAUUUUCGUUAUGGCUCAUUACUAUUGUUGGCUAUUGCCACAGUUUUUGGUUUUUAUUUUGUUUUUGUCUGUUGGUGAUCCUGGACUGCCAAGGUGGAUUAAGUUGCGUGCCUUUGGUAUCUUUUAUGAACUUUUUUUUUUGAUAAUGAAAAUUAUUAUCAAUUUGUUUUUAUACUUGUAUUUAUUGGUGAUCAAGCCAUUUAAUUUGUUGUCAAAAUACUCCAUGUUCAUGCUUUGGCCUGCUUUGGACUGUGUGUUGUGUUCAGGACGUACUGCACACAAAAAUAUCUUUGUUCAAAAUAGAGUGGUAUCAUCUCAUUGUGAAGGCAGUGGCCAAGUGUGUAUUUUUUAGAGUAACAAAUUAAUAAGAGUUCCUCAAAUCCUGUAAAAUGUCUUAAUUCAUCCAUUCGGGUGUAUUUCUACUCAACACAAUGCCUCUGUAGUACUGUAUCAACUCAAAUAAAUGGAUCUUGAAAGUUA